AUGAUUUGUGUAAGGAAUUCGCUGUGCGUUUCAUUAUGCUCAUUUCAGUCUUUACUCUUGCUUUCUUUCUGUUUCCCUUGUCUAUUUUCUUUCUUUCUCUCUUUCUUUCUUUCUUUCUUUUUUGUAACCACCCAAUCGCCUUUCACUCCUGCUGUUUUCUUUUCUUUUCCUUUUCUUUUUCUUUUCUUUUCUUUUCUUUUCUUUCUUUCUUUCUUUCUUUCUUUCUUUCUUUCUUUCUUUCUUUCUUUCUUUCUUCCGCCCAGACCUCUUUUACUUCUUGUGUUAUUGUUUGAUUUUUUUCGUUUUUUCUUUCUUUCAACCGACCAAUCUCCUUUUACUUGUCUUUCUUUCUUUCUUUUUUCUUUCUUUCUUUCUUUCUUUCUUUCUUUCUUUCUUUCUUUCAAUCAACUAGUCUCCUUUCACCUUACCAAUUUCUUCAUUUUCUCUUUCAUCAUCACCGUCUUCCUUUCUCAGUCCUCCUCUUAUCAAGUUUUCCUUCAUCAUUACCUUCUUUCUUUUCUUUUCAUCACCUUCUUUCUUCUUUUUUGCUUUCAUCCACAUAUUUUUUCUUCUAAUAUUUUCUUUGAUUUGUAUUUUCUUCUCUCCAUUUUUCCAUUUUUUUCUUCUUCCCAAAACUGUUUUCUCUCUCUUCAUCUUAUCGUGUUUAUUUCCUUUCUUCUUCAUUCUUUUUUGUUUCUUCUUUACUCUUUUCUCUUCUUUCUUCUUUCCUUCCUGUCUUCGAAUCUAUUUCAUCUUCCUCCUUUUUUCCUUCUUUCCUUUAUACCCUUAUUUACACUUUUCUCGUUUUAUUUGUACCCUGCCCACCCCACUUUCUUUCCUCUUCUUCCUCGAAGAGAACUCCAGGUCCCUCUACGUACCCUUUCCAUCUUCGCAGAUUUUCAGAUGCUAUCUUUUGAUGUCAACCAAGGAGGAGCCAAAGGGCGGCUGAAAAAGCACCGACCGAAAGUGAACCGGACUCCUACCAACAGAAAAGGCAACCCCUGCAAAUUUCAACUCUCUCUCUCUCUCUCUCGCUCUCUCUCUCUCUCGCUCUCUCUGAUGUUAAUCAUAAGUGUCCUUUACAACGUAUUUUUUUCCUUUCUUUUCCAUUUUUCAUUCUCGUUUUCUUUCUUUCUCUUGACGCCAUAUUUCUUUACCGUAUUUUUACUUCACUGA